AUGGUUGGCGGAGGAUCUGGUGGAGGUCGAGCCUCGUAUGUGGUGCCUCUCCUAGACGCCAUCAAAGCCAAAGCGAGAAGGAUCGGAGCCAGGGCCGUGUACUUGAUGGACCAUGAAACCAUUAGCAAUGGAUUAUUUGAAUCCAUCUACCCUAGCCUAGAUAUUUGUUUGGUUUUCCUCAAAACAUACUCCCGCGAGGCCGUUGACCGCGGUUCCUAUGUGGCUGAUUGGACCUCCACUAUCGUCGUUGAAGAGGUUUCAGCCAGGUGCCCUGGCAAGACAUUGGUUAUUACACAUUCUGCAGGCCUCAACACUAUGCCGUGGGCAACGAACUCCAACAUUACGGGAAUAUUUACCGCUCAUCUUCCUGGAGAAGAGACUGGAAACUCAAUCGUGGAAAUUCUUUGCGGUCACGUCAAUCCGUCUGGUAGGCUUCCAUAUACAAUUGCCCAGAAUGAGUCGGACUACAAUGCCCCAAUAGUCAAUCUCACUGGCCCCCAGGCGACUGAAUCUACUGCUUGGCAGUCAGAUUUUGUCGAGGGUUUGAUGAUGGACUAUCGCCACUUCGACAACUCAAAUAUCACGCCGCUGUAUGAAUUUGGCUUCGGUUUAAGCUAUACCACGUUCGAUCUAUCUGGAAAGUUAGUUGUUUCCGGGCCCCAGGGAAUGUUGUCGAAAAGACCAACACCUCUCACGGGUAUGGCGCCACCGGGGGGAAAUUCUGAUCUCUGGAAGGUAGUCGCAAAUGUAUCAACCACAGUACAGAACAUCGGUGAAUUGGCCAGUGCUAUUGUGGUCCAACUAUAUCUAUCACUGCCGAGCGACUCAGUACCAUCCGGCACUCCAGUCAGGGUAUUGAGAGGAUUCGAGAAAGUACAUCGUCAGGCUGGGCUGGGGAGAAGAAGGCAAUCUCAUUCAAUCUAA